CGGUUAUAUACGUGAAUAUUGCACAACAACAAACGAACAUUGAAUUCCAUUUUUAUUUUGAUCUUGAUGUGAUGUAGUGGUAUUGAAGUUACAUAAUACAAAUUUUAGUUGUUAUAUGUGAGGAUAUGGCGGCAGCAAUCAGAAAAAUCUGAUCUUUCUUUGUGAGUGAAGAUGUCAUUGUUGCAGGUUUGACAGGCAAUGAAAGGAGGUUGAUUACGAAAAGUUGGAACAAAGUGAUGAAACACCCAACGCAGAAUGGAAUAUCGAUUUUUCUAAGACUUUUUGAAAUCCAACCAAAACAUCAGUCGGUUUUCCCGUUUAGAGACGUCGCUACAAAAGAUUUACCUAACGAUAAAAAGUUUCAAGCACACGUUAAUACUUUCAUUUAUUCAUUUACUUCAAUUGUGAGCAAUUUAGAUAACGAAGAAAUUCUAUUGGCCAUUUUAUAUAAGAUAGGAGCUUCGCAUGCUACAAGAUCCGUCGAUAGACAAACCCUAAUUGAUGUGAGGCAAGCUUUUUUAGAUACUUUUGAAUGUAUGAGAAGAUACGAACUAGAUGCAUGGAUUAAAUUAUUCGAUGUGUUGAUUAAUGAAAUAUCUCACGCUAUUGAAGAAAAACUUGAAGAAAUUAGUGAGUAAAUUAUUUAAUACGUAUUAGUUAAUACAAUAAAUAUCUUUUAUAUAACAAA